UCUGUGCCUGAGGAGGCGGCCAGGGAAGCGGUGGCUCCGUGACCAGUGGGUGCCUUCGCAGUGGGGAGGGUCCCGGAGGGGUCAGCGGCAAGUGGCCGCAACGCUUGCUGCUGGGUUUGGUCCGAGGGCUGCGGCGUAGCGGGACUGCACGCUCGGGAGAAGCGCCACGCGCGUCUGUCGCCUGACCGGGGAGGCUGGGGAGGGCCCAGGCCACGGAAACAAGAUUACAGAAGUUUCUGGGCACUCAGUCGGGACUCUCAUUUAAUAUCCAGAGAGGAAAUCUUCCAGGUUGCCCCGACUCCCACCGGGACUCCUACCAGCAGCAACCGCAUCAUUGUGGCCGAGGCAGUAUCUAGGAACUUCAUUCUCAAGUUUUAGUGCUUUUAAAAAGUUGCCUGGUUAUAUUACGCCAUUGGCGGUACGUCAUCUUCACAAGGAUUACGUAAGUGAACUACAUCUCAUUUCUAUUUCCAACCAGUAAAGAACGAUUGUGAAAUGGGAUUUUAGAAAAUGGCUGUUCUCUGUGAUUGGGCAUGGAAGGUUUGUAAGUUUUAGAGACUGCAGCUGUUGAAUCCUUUCUGCUAUAAGAGUGACGACAGCCAAUACAAAAGGGAUAGUGUUUGACAUCUAAAAUGACAUAUUUUCACAUUUUUUGAGGUGUUAUAUCCCCAGCACCAAAAAUAGUGCCUGGCACACAGUAGGAGCUCAAUAAGUACUUUUUGAGAAAAUUACUGGGGAAUGAAUGGAUGAUAGAAACCCCAGGCUUCUGUUACUUGGAUACCAACAUAUAAAGGAGAGGACAGAAAGACAAACAUUUCUGGAAAUGGCUUUUAUCCAGGAAUUAUCCAGACUGCCUCUGCCACUAGAUGAAUGGAAGACAAUGAUUUGAAUUAAGUGCCAGCAAAGAAUUAUCCUUGGUUUUUGUGCUUUGCAGCAUUCCUCAAAUUGUUUUCACAUCUUCUCUUAUUAUAAAAACUGCAUUGAAGUUAAAAAUGAAGCAGUUGAAAAGAAAAAGGAAAAGCAAUUUUAGUGUUCAAGAAACUCAGACCCUUUUGAAAGAAAUUACAAAAAGGAAAGAAGUCAUUUUUUCCAAACAGCUCAAUACAACAAUUAACGUGAUGAAGCGAAUGGCUUGGGAAGAGAUUGCACAGUGUGUGAAUGCUGUAGGAGAAGGAGAACAGAGGACAGGGACAGAGGUGAAAAGAAGGUACCUUGACUGGCGAGCACUUAUGAAGAGAAAGAGGAUGAAGGCCAACAUUAAGCUGGUCGGUUCGGGAUUUCCCCUUCCCUCCUCUGAUUUAGAUGACUCUCUCACUGAAGAGAUAGAUGAAAAGAUUGGAUUCCGAAAUGAUGCAAAUUUUGACUGGCAGAAUGUGGCAGAUUUCAGGGAUGCAGGUGGAUCCUUAACUGAGGUCAAGGUGGAAGAGGAAGAAAGGGAUCCGCAGAGUCCUGAAUUUGAAAUUGAGGAGGAGGAAGAAAUGUUGUCAUCCGUCAUACCAGAUUCCAGGAGAGAAAAUGAACUUCCCGAUUUCCCCCACAUUGAUGAGUUUUUUACCCUUAACUCAACACCAUCUAGAUCUGCAUAUGAUGAGCCUCAUUUGCUUGUAAAUAUUGAGAAACAGAAACUAGAGUUAGAAAAACGACGACUGGAUAUUGAGGCUGAAAGACUGCAGGUAGAAAAGGAACGCCUACAAAUCGAGAAAGAGAGGCUGCGGCAUUUAGACAUGGAGCAUGAGCGGCUUCAGCUGGAGAAGGAGCGGCUGCAGAUUGAAAGAGAGAAGUUGAGGUUACAGAUAGUCAAUUCAGAGAAACCGUGCUUGGAAAAUGAACUUGGUCAAGGAGAAAAAUCCAUGCUUCAACCACAGGACAUAGAAACAGAGAAGUUAAAACUUGAGCGAGAACGCUUGCAACUGGAAAAGGAUAGACUGCAGUUUUUGAAAUUUGAGUCUGAGAAACUGCAGAUUGAAAAGGAACGCUUACAAGUAGAGAAAGACAGACUUCGAAUUCAGAAAGAAGGACACUUGCAGUGAUUUUUCCAGGCUUCCAUUUAGCAAAUGUUUGAAAAUUGUAGAUUUUUCUCAUAUCAGGUGAUAUAAUGAUGGUUGCUGGAUUAGCUGUGGUUUCUUUUCUCGUCUAAUAUCAGUGUUCAGUAGGAAAAAGUUAUAUGUAGAUAACUGUAUGCCUAAGUAGUAUAUAAAAACUGUGCCCUAGCGUAAACAGUAUAGCAGAAAUAUACUGUGCUGGAUUCUUUACCUUAUAAUAUUAUAUAGAGUCUUGUAUUGUCUGUGUACCCAGAAUUUACAAUUAUGUCUAUAUAAAAUUCUAGCCCAGAAGUUCUCAGUUGGGGUAGAUUUUGGCCUUCAGAAGACCAAUUUGGUGAUGUCUGGAGACAUGUUUGGUUGUCAAAACUGGGGUGGGGAGAAGGUUGCUACUGUGCAGUGCAUACCUCCUCAACCCCCACACACACUCAGUAAAGAAUUUUCUGACCCAAAAUAUCAUUAGUCCUGAGGUUGAGAAACCCUGUCUUAGCCUAACUGUGUACCUCUAUAGCUAUGUUUUAUAGUUUUAGAAUAUUAAAACCUCAGAUAUUUAUGUGGGUAGGUACUUAAAUGGCCAAAAACUUUAACUCUGAAAUGUUACUGUGUAGUAUAUUGAAUAUAGGAAGUGAUGAAGAUUAUAGGUAUUUUAUUCCCAUGUUUCCAUCUAUAAAUAGCUUCUCAGAUUCAGAAAACAAUACAGGGAACAUCAGAGAUUAUCUAAAGUGGGUCACUUUGAAACGAAUUCUUUAUCUUACUAUUAAUGCUUUAGAAGCAAGACACAAUUUCAAAGCUUUAGUUCCUUUUCUUUCAGUCAUUGUCUUAGUUUGGGUACGAAAAUUGUCAUUUCAGUAACGUACGGAGAUCUUAUAAGUGGAUAGUUGAAGCUAGUAAAAAUGAUACCAAUAUAAAAAUGGUAUUUGUAGUCCAUGAGUUUGAACCCAAUAACUGAUUAUUUGACUUUUAAAAUAAGUAAUAGCAGCCAUUUGGGAGUGGGCGGCGGGUGGGGGAAGAUGUACUCUGUAUCAAAUAAUUAUGAUGAUGUUGAAGUAAUGAUAGUAGCUAUGUAUUAUGGAUUGGAGAAGCACUUAUUACACUAUCUAACUCAGUAUGUAGAACAAUUCUUGAGAGUUGUAUCUGUCGUUAUUCCUGAAUCUGAAGCCCAGAGAAGUCACACAGAGUAAAUGGCUGAUCUUUUAUGUUGUAGUGUAUUCUGUCCUUCCCCCUUCCCUGAGGAACAAAGUAUGUAUCUUUAGUCUCUUGGAUAUUUAUUCUGAGACCAAGGGCUUGCUUGACCUGAUGAUUUUCCUUCAGCUCUCUGAAGGUGCGUUUUCCACAAUCCAAGUGAUUCUGAUGCACACUAAAGUUGAGAAUCUCUGCACUAGAUCACUUUGUGUUUUCUGAUUUUCAAGGUUGAUAUGUAGCUUUAACACAGCUCUUCUGUUGACAGUUAUUACCUUGAUUCUGCAUUUGUUCCUUGUAAGAAUGGCUGGAAACUGUAUGUUGACAUUUGAGGAUGGGUAUGCAAGGAAAAAAUAUACUUCUGUUUACUUACUCUGACUUUGAAAUAGUGUUAUUUUUCUAUAUCUGAAAUAAAUGCUUCUACCGUAGAAAUAAA